AUUAAAAAUUGGUUAAACUAUGUAAAAAGUGGCUUUACCGUUAAAAUAAAUGAAAUAACUAUCUGUUUAAAACACUAGAUUAAUAAUUUAUAUUUAUUAUAGAUUGUCAUACGUGUGUUAUGAAAGACAAUUUAUGUUCUCAUACAAAUUUUUCCUAGUGAAAGGUAGAACUGGACAGUUUUGUUGUCACCUUAUUAUGUUAGUUAUCCAAUAUUGUAUGUCAAUGUCAGACUAUCGUUACCAUUUCUAUCUCAGAAUCAUUCACUGGUCUAUUGUCACGCUUAGGAAUACGCUCAUGAGUCGCAAUUCCUUGUUUUCUAAGAUUGCAAAUACAAACAAAACAAGUUGAUUACAACUUUUGUCGUAAUUACCAGUAGCCUAAUUCUAACAACACUAAUUUUGUAUGUGAGUUACCGGAAUAACCGACCGUGUUCUGUUCUUUUCCUAUUAUUUGUUUGCCGGUUUUUUUUUAAAGUUGUACUGUUUGUGUUUAUGGUGUAGAUAACCAAACCAAAGUUACCAAAGCAAUAACGAUAGGUAUUUGGUAUUACCAUUACGUCACUUUUAUUGUUAGUGGAUUUUUGCGGUAGUUCGUCAUUGUUUUGUACAUUAUUUUUGUAUAAAUGGAGUAUUAUCUACACCUCAAUUCAUUGUGUAACACAAUUAAGUAUAUAGGUUUUUUUAACAUUUAAUUGUGUUUACUCUUGUUUCGUGUUCUCAUGAAGGUAACCCUAACCCUAAUCCGAGGUAAACACAUAACCUCAAUUUUCAAACUGUAGUGACAUGUACAACAGUUAACAUCUUCAACUGACAAGUGUUUUUUGUUAGUUUUAUACUUUAAAAUGAUGUUUAAAAACCGAAUAAGGUUUACCUCAAAAAAGAGAAAGAUUUUUCUUGUCCUUAUAGUUGCGUUUGUUGUGAUCUAUAUGGGAGUGUUAACUCAUCUUUUUGAAAAAGACUUUUAUAAUGAAUUUUCUUACCCCCUUGAGGGUGACAUUUCUGUGUAUGUAAAUGAGUUAAGAGAGGGCCGUAAACCAUCACAUGAACCUAUUAAUCAAUACAACUAUCCGUUUAUUCACAAUUGUAAAUACAAGUGUGGAAAUGAUGAUGGGCCUUUGAGAGUUGUGUAUAUAGUUAAGUCUGCUGCAAGCCAUUAUCAAAAUCGGCUUGCAAUUCGAAAUUCUUGGGGCUUUGAGAAAAGAUUCUCUGAUGUUCCAAUUCGCACAGUGUUCGUAUUGGGUGUGGAUAUUUAUGAUUCUGCAUUACAAGAAAGUAUUGAUUUAGAAAGUAAGCAGUUUGGUGAUAUAAUUCAAGCCAAUUUUACGGACACUUAUUUUAAUAACACAAUCAAGACAAUGAUAGGCUUUAAAUGGGCUGUAACAUUCUGUAAUAAUUCUAAGUUUUAUUUUUUUGUUGAUGAUGACUUUUAUGUUUCUACAAGGAAUGUUUUACAGUUUCUCAGAAAUCCUGUACACUACCCUAGUUAUUUAGAAAUGCCAAUAGAUUCAAUUGACAGUCAGACAAAUUUAAAUGUUCCUACAAAGAGGGAUCUCUUACACAAAGUACAUCCUAAUAAUAGUGAAGACUUAAAUGGACGAAAAAUUUUACAAGUUUUGGACUUUGAACUGCCAGAAAAAGUUAAACUUUUUGCAGGAUAUGUGUUUGUAUCAUCUCCUCAUAGACACAGAUCAAGUAAAUGGUAUGUGCCUUUAAGUGAAUAUCCAUUUCAUUUGUGGCCUCCUUAUGCCACAGCAGGAUCUUAUGUGGUUUCUAAGGAGGUUCUACUAGAUUUAUAUUAUGGGAGUUUAUACACAAAACAUUUCCGGUUUGAUGAUAUCUAUCUGGCACUGGUUGCUUACAAACUUAAUAUUGAACCAUUUCAUUGUGAUGAAUUUUACUUCUAUAAAAAAGGAUACAGUAGUCACAAUUAUCAUUACGUUAUCGCAUCGCAUGGUUAUGGAGAUCCAAAUGAACUGCUUAACGUCUGGAAUGAGCAAAAGUCUGUUGGCAACGCUUAAUGAGCUGAAUGAUUUAAUACAAAGUCUACUGCAACAUAAGAUCUGAUUUCCUUGAAGAUAGUUUUUGGUAAGUGUAUGAUUUCCUUCAAGCUCUCACAGUAGGUGUUACUUCCUGAGUGCAAUUUCUUAAGGAGUCCUGCUAUUCUUGUAUUGAUGUUAAUAAUCUAAUACAGUUGAUUGUGCUAUAUCAGAUAUAUACAAUAUUUCAGUAUCAUUUAUUUUAUAAAUUGAAUGUACAACAGAUAAAUUCAUAAUAUAAGUAGCUCAUUAAUAAAAAGAACUAAAAAAAUUACAAAUAAAACAAGAAGAUACUUUGGCCUAAUGUGACUGUGGAUGAAGCUAAGAUAUAAAACGAGUAAAUAUGAUUAUUAAGGGUUAUUGAUAAACUAAUAUAUAUGUCUUUUACUGUUAGCUCACGAUUCAUAUUUAAUUUGUACCUAUUCUUAAUUUAUUUCUCUUAGUACUAAUUUUGAUAAAUUCUUAACCAAUUUUGUAAGAAAGAGGUAGUGAUAAACUAUGAAUGAACAGAACAGAACCAUAAAAUUUAUAUCAUAAUUUCAUACACUGCUGAUCUAAUUUAAAUGCUGAAUUAAAUUUUAGCAGUCACAGAUAUAUUGUUAAAUUAUUUAAAUAUGAUUGUACUACUAAUAAUUAUUUAAUAGCGAUCAAUAUUCAUACGGAGUUUAUUAAUUAGAAUUAUUAAAAUAACAAUAAGAUUGUCAGUAAAUAGACUGCAGUAUAAUAUGCAGCCACCAUGAUAGUCGAAUCAACUAUCAUCGGUUAAAAAAUAUAUAAGCUGGAGUAUAAAAACCUUUGACCUAUAUGUAUUUAUAAGUGAUAAUUGCCAGCUAUUUUUAUUGUACAGAAUAGCAAUUUUUUUUAAAGGAGAGGCCGGUCCCCUUUAAAAAACACAUAUCCCCUUUAAAAAAAAUGCAUAUACUUAGUAUAUGCUAUUUAAUACUAAGUUAAUUCAAACAAAGUAAAAUCAUUUGCGUUGUGAGUAAUGACAUUGGCAAGAUCAAUGAAGAUGAAAAUGCACUUUUGUGUCAAAAAGUAUUUUUAAAUGUUAAACAGUGUUUCAAAUGGUAAAACAAGAUAAUCUUGUUCCUUUAAAUCCAAUGUGCAGUUUGAAGUGAGGAGAUAAAAAUUAUAAUUUAAGGUAGAAAUCAAAUAGUGUUUCAUUGCAAGAAAAUUAAAAACAAGCACAAUGUUACAAAUACGUACUUAAAAAAACUUUUUUUAAUAUUCUAAAUGUAGUUUAUUAAAUAACAAUUAUGUACUGUAAGUUAUUUUUUUUUACUUGGAACAAAACCAACUAUGACUUUUUGAUAAAUGAAUGUAGUUUUGACGGCAAAAUUACAUGCAGAACACCAUUGCAGAUUGGGUAUCGUUUUGUAGAGGAGCUUGUUUUGUACGGUUAGAUGACGAAAGUUUGAAAACAAAGGGUACUUUGGUAUUAUCCGGAGGUGACUCUGUCCAUGUGUACUACUAGUUAUUAUGCGAUAUAAGUAGGUUUAGAUUAGAUUAUCAUAAAUAUGGUAACUAGUGGUACUAAAGUUUACAUAUACAAGCACUUUCUUUUAGCAGAAGUACAUGGUGCCUCUGAAGCUGGCAAUGAUGAUGUAAUCUGACAUAGGAAAAGUUGGAUGAUCUGGAACGUGAUCUGAGGUCGGGAAAGUACCGAUCAGAAAUGCUCUUGGCCUGGCCGUAAGAACAAGCUUUGGUGCCUGAACUUCUGGCGAAAAAAGAAACUAUCCCUCGAGAAUAUACCUAAAUUUAAGCUCAGAUCAAGAGAGUGUUCAUGAAUGUUAACUUUAACUAUUUUUAUUUAUAAUACAAUAUUUUUAAUUCUAAGGAUUCAAUACUCAAAUAUCGAUGAUUCAAUUGUCCUGAUGGCCACUUAUUAUACUGCAGUCGAGAAAGUAAUUUUAUCGAUAAAUAUCUGAAAAUAUUGAUAAAAUAUCAAGAUGUCUUAUGAAACUCUACUCCUUUAUUGUACAAUAGAUCUAUUUGUUUAUUUUUGUAGAGUGUAAUUUAAUUUAAGUUAGUGUCAAACUUG